UUCCUUGAUCACUUCAGUUCCAGCAUCCUGCCUAGCAAAGAAGCAAUUAGCCAAAAUGAUACCUGGAGGCUUAACUGAAGCCAAACCUGCCACUCCAGAAAUCCAGGAGAUUGCUAACAAGGUUAAACCUCAGCUUGAAGAAGAAACAAAUGAGAGUUACCAAGAAUUUGAAGCUGUAGAGUAUAAAACUCAAGUGGUUGCUGGAAUAAAUUACUACAUUAAGGUGCGAGUAGGUGAUAAUAGUUAUAUUCACAUGAAAGUAUUCAAAGGCCUUCCUGGACCAAAUCCAACUUUGACACUUACUGGUUACCAGACUGACAAAAGCAAGGACGAUGAGAUCACAGGCUUUUAGCAGCAUGUUCCAAAAGUGGUCUGAUACUUUCCACUGGCUACUAACUAAUGUUCCCUGCUAAUAAAUAUAACUAUCAAUAAGCAAACAUUCCUUUUCAAAUAGAUUUAUUUCUUCAACUAUU